AUGGAAUUUUUGAAUUAUAAACAUAAGGGAUGGGAAAUAUUCUUAUUUUUAAUAUUUUUUAGAUUAAAAGUUCUAGAUAAUAAAACAAUUUUUUUGACUUUUAUAAUAAUGGAAUCUAUUGAUCCUCUUUCUUCUAUAAUGCUUGCAGAAGCGUUUAGUCAAGCCUCUAGUAUAUUAUCAAUAACAAACUCAGACUCUCAGUCUAAAAUAAAAGCAUUAAAAAAAGCGCAACAAGCAAUUUGACGAGCAGGCUCAAACAUUGAAGGAUUUUUUAACCACUUCAAAAAAUUCUUACUCUAGCAUUAUUAUAGAGCAAAAACAAUUAAAAUUUUGUACUUUGGUAAAACUAAUAAUUAAACAUUAUAAUAAUAAAAUCUCAAGCCAAAUUAAGUUUUAUCCUAAAACGUAAAUUUUAUUUUAUAUAAUUUAAACGUUUAUAAAUCUAAAAAGCUGAAAUAAAUUUUUAAAAUUUAAUAUAAAAUCAUUUUAGAGAGUACGAAAAUCUUGGUUGCUAGCCAAAGAGAAAAGAGUUAAAAAUCUUAAGGGUAUCUGCCAAAGAUCCAAAAAGUGCAGUUUGCAGAGAAGUUUUAAUACUGUUGACUCUUGGUAUAGAAACAAUUGGCACAAAUUCAAUCCAAAUUAAAGACCCAAUUAUUAGUAUUUUAUCUGACACAAUUCGAUCCAGUAAUAAACAAACCUCAGAUUCAGGACUCAAAGCUGCGGCUAAAAUUUAUGAAAAAUUGAAAUCUUGGGUUUUCAUUGACUUUAUUGGAGAUUUAUUAGAAGAUAGAAAUCCUGUGAUUCAGCUAAAAGGUUUCCAGACAUUCAAUGAUUUAUUAUUGGGCUGCAUAGGAAGCUUACCUAAUAGUGGACUUUAUAUGACACUUUUUAAAAUUGUGAGGAAAAUACUAACUCUUAAUCUACCAGAUUUACAGCUAGAAGAAUUCGUAAAAGUUUUUUAUGAAAAUUAUAGAGAAGCUUAUGAACACAUAGAAAGCAACCUGCCUACACAUUCAAAAAAGAAAUUUUCAAUAAAUAGUGACAGAAACAGAUCUCCAAUUUCUUCAGGAAUACUUUUAAAAGAAAAAUCAAAAAAAAAAUUGUCAAUUCCUUCUAUAAGAAUGGAUGCCCCAGCUGAUGAGUCGGAAAUAGACAAUAGUGUGUACACCAACUUUUCAGAAGACACAGCUACUAAAAAGGUUAGAUUUCAGCUAUCAUAUUCAAUUAAAGACCCUGAGUCUGCAACUCAGCCUGAUGAAUAUGACUCACCGACUGAAAAUUAUGAUAGACCGGCUGAGUCGAUAUUAGAAAAUAUAAGAGCCCAAAUUCAAAAUAUUCAAAAAGAGUCAAGAAUCAAUUUUAAUGGAACAAAACUCGCUGAAUCAAAGUUCCAGUUCCUAGAAAAGCCAAUGGAAUUUAUAACUGAUACUCCAAAAUUCCAACUUGAAGCAAAACAAACAGAAGUUUUUGUUGAAACACCCAAAUUUCCGAAUCGAUCUAAAUCUUUUGAUGGUGAGCCUAGUUUUCUUUCUCAAACAAAGCUAAAACUUGACGAGCUAAAGCCUAAAAUCCUGACAACAGAAUUUAACAAUGAUGAGCUAAAAAUCCAAAACUCGCCAAUAACAGACGAAAGUAUUGAAAGCGUUUUGGAUUCUUUAAAAACGAAUAAUAUUGAAGAGCUAACAGCUAAAGUAAAUGUCCUUAAUAAGCUUCUUUUCGAAUCUCGAAAUGUAAUGAGCUACAAAGAUCUAAUUAUUGAUUCACUUGUCCCGCUCUACAAUUUCAAAGUACGAGAAUUAACGGCUUCUUUAGAUGCCUGCCUUAGCAAUAUAAUGCAAAGUUAUUACACAAUCCCUAAUUUUCUGCACGCAAUUGAUAGCGCCCAGCAGCCUCAUAAAGCUGUUUUCAUUUCUAUACUAAAUAAAUGCCUAGAUCUCUAUAAAAGCCAGCUGCCAGAGCACGAAGAUUCAUUAAAACGCACAGCAGUGGCAUCUCUUGAGCAUCAAAGUCCUGAAGUUAGAAGAAAUAUGAUUUUCUGCUUACUCCCCCCCCCCCUCCGUGAGCGAACAAAACCAUUAGAAAAAUCGCCAUUUUUUGACCAAAAACCCACCCUCCGUGAGUGAACAAAAAUUUUUUUAAAUAGAAAAAAUUUAAUGGAAAAAAAUUUUGAUAUAUAAGUGAUAAUUAGUAUAAUGAAAUCUAGAGCUAAUUCUGUUUAAUUUUAAACAAAUUGCGUUUUAAAACAUAAAUUUUGCAAAUUAAAUUAAUAUUUGCUUCCCAAUUUUUGCAAAUUAGGAUUUUUUUAAAUUUCGAAAAAAAUAUUUUUUAUAAAAUUUAUAUAUAAAUUUUUUUUAAAAAAAAAAAUUAACCCCCCUCCGUGAGCGAACAAAAUUUUUUUUUUUGUUCGCUCACGGAGGGGGGGGGGAGUUAGUACGAAUUUCUUCAAUUAUGCCUGAACUCAGUGAAAAGAUCAUAAAAUCGCUCUCAUUAAAGCACCAAAAACUGUUUGAAAUUUAUAAAUCAAAGCAAUAA